UGAAAUAAUCCCGAGUAUGAUUUCGUGGUUGCAGUGUGCGGGCGACCACUGAGCGCGCAGCACGUAGUGAUAACAUAUCGAUAACUGAUUAAAACUUAUCAAUUAGUAAGGUUUGGUGAUUUUGGAAGCCGGACAUUCGAAGCAGAAAACACGAUGGCUCGUCUUUUACUAAUCCUCAUCCCAGUGCUGGUGAUCAGCAUACCGCUGUACUUCCUAUUCUUCAAGAGCCCACCCCCCGUUCCUGACUUCGAUCUCAAUGAGUGGUGGGGCCCCCAGAGCCUGAAGAGCAAACAGGACACCAGCGUGAGACCUUUCAAAAUCAGCUUCAGUGAUGCUAUGGUGAAAGAACUAAAAGACCGUCUGAAUAAAAGGCGUCGUCCACUGACGCCUCCACUCGAGGGUGUUGGCUUCGAAUACGGGUUCAACUCAAACCAGAUAGAAGCUUGGACUAAGUACUGGGCAGAGGAGUACCCGUUUGCGGAGAGGGAAAAGUUCCUCAACAAGUACCCGCACUUCAAAACCAACAUCCAAGGACUCGACAUACACUUCAUGAGGAUUAAACCUGAGGUAGGUGAUGGAUAA